UGUUACUUAGAUAAUUUUUUGUUUGUAAAACUUUCUUAAAUUGAAUGUUUAUUUGAAUUCUACAACAUAAACAAAUUUAUAAGUAUUCUUUAUGUGGUGGCAAUAUUAUAGAAUUUAUACUUAAUUGUUAUGGAUUGAUAUAUAUAAAAGCGUAUUAAAAUUUAGUAGACACAAUGGAUUCGGAGGUGGCCGAUUUGAAAAAGGUCCUGCGUUCACUGGUGGUGUCCAGCCCCAGCGAAGUGGAUCUUCGAACAUUGUUACGUGAUUACAGGAAUAUGAUGGGAGGGCCUAUUCCACUUGCCAAAUAUGGAUAUAAAGAUGCGCUCACGUUCCUUAAAGAACGUUGUGAUGACUGUUUUCUGUUUCAGGGCCCCCUUAGUAAUCCUAUAUUGACAUUGAUUGUACCAAAAACCUUACAACACAUUGACAAAUUUGUACAGAAACAGAGGAGCAAUCAAAGUGGCAAAUGCAAGGGCAAAAGGAGAAGUAUACCAGAGGCCAUUGUAAAACCAAUUGAACAAAAACCUAACAAUAAUAUUGUAAGAACAUUCAGAAAGCAAACCAAUAAUAGCACUACAUGUUGCACUAUUAAAGAGACUACCACUGUAGAUGUAGAUAGUCCAUCAGAGAAACAUGAACCAAAGGCUGAAACUAGUAAAAUAGAUAUAAAAAGUAUAGACCGCAGUAAAGAACAGAAUGACAGUCCUACGAAUGAACUAAAAAGUUUUAUGAAGAAACGAGCACUGAACAAGUCACAAGAUUUGAACACGGAUAAAAUAGCCAGUGAUAAGACAUCAUCAAAAGAUUCUGGCAGACAAACAUCAUCCAGUGGCAGCAUUUCCAAAGCAGCUCAGUUUGAAGAGUUAAAGCAAGAGAUACAAGAUUUGUUAGUGGACUAUCCAGAAGGAGUUUGGUGUACCGAUCUUAUAAGAUUAUAUCGGGAGCGUCAGGGGCGCGAGCUGAACUUCUCCCGGUUCGGGUACACGAGCAUCGUGAGCGUGGCGUUCUCGCUGGCGCCGGCGGUUGCGGCGACGCAGUCCAGCGACGAGCCCGGCGAUUGGCUGCUGCAGCUGGCGCGCCACGCCCCCCGCGCCGAGCCCCGCCCCCGGCCCCGCCCCCGCCCGCGCGCCAGGCCCCGCCCCGCGCCGCCGCCCCGCCCCGCCGCCCCCGUCGACCCCGACGACGCGCUGCCCGGCGUUGACUUCGACCCGGACGUGUUCCCGGAGGACUGCAUGCACUACCUGGAGAGCAUACCGGCGGCGCCGCUGUCGGGGCUGCAGCCGGGCGCCAUGCUGGAGCUGGUGGUGGGGGAGGUGUACUCGCCCUCGCACUUCUGGGUGCUGCGCCUCGGGGACCACCACUACGGCGCGCUCGACCGACUCAUGGACGAGAUGACGGAGUACUACAGCUCGGGCUCCGGUCGCGGCCGGCGGCUGGCGGCGGCGGCGGCGCGCGCGGGGCAGUACGCCGCCAGCCUCUACGACGGAGACUGGCACCGCGCCCUCAUACUCACCGUCCUCGACAGCGACACCGUCAAGGUGCGGCACGUGGACUACGGCACGGUGGAGACCGUGGCGGUGAGCAGCCUGCGGCCCCUGGUGCGGCGCUGGGCGGCGCUGCCCGCGCAGGCCGUGCGGGCCCGGCUCGCGGCCGUGCGGCCCGCGGGCGGGCGCCGCUGGCCGCGGGCCGCCGCCGCCGCCUUCCUGCGCCGCGUGCGGGACGCGCCGCUCGUCGGGAACCUGGUCGCCGUCGACCCGCAGGAAGACAUCCUGGAGCUGUUCCUGGUGGACACGCGCGGCGAGGAGGACGUGUGCAUUGGCGACGAGCUGAUCCGGGCCGGACACGCCGACCCCCGCGCGGACUCCGCCGUGAGGGCGCACGAGCCCUACCUGCGGCCCAGCUUCGCCGCGCUCGAGGCCGGCGCCACGCCCAACUACGCAGACAUCUCCGCCUACCUGCGCGACGGCAUCGCGCUCGAGUUCGUGGACGACUACCGGCGCCACGUGUGCGCGAGCCCGCCGCCCCCCUCGCCCCCCGCGCCGCCCGCGUCCCCCGCGCCGCCCGUGGCGGUGGCGACCCGCGUGCCGCUGCUGCGCGCGCCCCCCUCGCCCCCCGCCGUGCCGGCCGCCACGCAGACGUCGCCCCCUCCCGCCCCCGCCUCCCCCGCCGCCCUCGCCGCCCCCGGCCCGGCCGCGGGCGGCGUCACGCUGUCGGCGGCGGAGUGCGACACGUUCCAGCUGCUGAGCUGCGUGGACCCGGCCGCCGCGCACUGGUUCAUGCUGAGCAGGCUGGGCCGCGCGCACUCCGCCUCCACGCUGGACGUGACGGCGCCCGAGUUCCGGCCGCGCGCGUCCCCCGCCCCCCCGCCGCCCCCGGCGCCCCCGUCCGGGGCGUGGGGGGCGGCGUCGCAGCCGUGGUCGUACCAGCUGUCCCCGCCGCCCGGGUUCGAGUUCCCCCACAGAAAUUGACGAGCGAUGUCACCGCCUCAUUUGUCUAUGCUCGUCCGCCUAAUUAUAGAUUCACAUCGCAUCCUACGUAACGUUAUGUUGUACCUUAAUUAUAAAAAUAAAUGACACUCUUAAUUCCUAUAUUAAUUGUAAAUUGUUUCGUUGCUGUUUUUUGAAAGAGAACGACUGUUCGCAAAACAGGAACGAAAUCAUUCUAAAUAUAAAAUUGUUCAAUAUUUGACUAUUUUCUGUUUAAGGAGUUUAUUAGAUCGACAGAUCAGACUUUAUAACACCCGCAGAGUUGGGCUUUUGUUUUUAAAAUUUGUUACAUUUUAUGUAUUCAUUACAUUUUCUAUUCUACUCUUUGUAUUAUAAGUUUAUAUAAAGAUCAUUCCUUGAAUCUCACGGAGCAUCAAAAAAUUUUUUAAUUGACUGUUUAAUUUUCUUUUUAUUUGUUAUUGAAAACUUGUCUUUUUAGUCAUAGUAUGUUGAAGUUUGUAAUCAUUGAUUUCGUCAAUAAAAUAUAGAUAUAAACACUGUACACGGCCACACGUUUAUUUUUGUAACGACUAUAAUUUGUAGGAAUACUCGCCGACACGGGAAACGUUAGCCACGAACUAUUAUAAGUCUGUAAUAAGAAUUUCACAUAUUGCAUUAGUAAAAAACAAUACUUUUUAUCCUA